AUGUCCCAGGAUCCAUCCCAGCCCUGGCACACAGCCUACCCCACCCCCAAGUCCCAGGCAGCUACUUUACCCCGCCAAGAAGUGCUAGGAUGGCUUCGCGGGGAAAAGGUGGUUGGGCGGGACUUUUUGUUGAUUGAUGUGCGUCGUGAUGAUUUUGAGGGUGGUACCAUCCACGGCUCAUUGAAUUUGCCCGCGCAGAGUUUCUAUACGACCAUGUCGACACUAUAUGCAUUGGUGAAGAGUAGUGGGGUGAAGACUGUUGUUUUUUAUUGUGGCUCUUGCUGCGGCCGAGGACCCCGGGCUGCCGGGUGGUUUGCCGAUUACCUCAACGAUAAAGAAGAUUUUUCGCUGCAGAGCGUGAUCCUCGAAGGCGGGAUUAAGGGGUGGGUUAAGGCGGGUUCUGAGUAUACCGCGUUGAUUGAUGGGUUUGAUGCAAGUGUAUGGAAGCAGUGA